AUGACACAGCAGGAUCCAGAUAAUAAGAUUCUGAACUUGUCUCGGAGGCAGAAUCGUGGGCGGAUCACGUGUAUCGUGGAGAGCUUCGUUAGUGACUGCACCCCGGACUGUGAUGAUGGAAGUGACGAAUCCUCCUCCUGGGGUCAGUGCUCGACCAUUUGUAGGAAUGACGCGUCAGGCGCGGUGGUAGAGUCUAAAGGAGGUCGUGAUCGGGGCAGGUCCACUGUUCGACGUAUCAGCGGCAGGUCCGGCGGAUGGAAUUAUUCAAUUGAUGGUGGAAACGAGAAUGCAGGGAAGCUUGUUGGAAUAAUUGGAGGAGCUAUCGGAGCUACACUUAUUGUGUUGUUACUCAUUUGCUGCUGCUAUUUUUGGGAUAACUCCGGUACGGGGAAUCGUAUCAAUCAAUCCGCAGCGCUACAAUCAGUUAGAACUGAACCUGUCAACGUCCAGCCACCACCUUAUGCGUCAUUAGAUAAUAAAAAUACUAUGCCAAAUGCCAAACAACCUGUGUUCACUACUGCUGUGAAUGAUGAAACCGGUUUACAGCCAGACGCAAGUUUAGUUUCGAACUAG